GCGGGUCACGUGACGCCCCCCGGGUCCCGUAUGUGCUCGUCUCCGGAACACGGGGAAUGCGAGCGAGUACACGGAGGAUGUGCGAUAGGAUGGAGUGUACUGGAGGAACUUUGUCUGUUAUAUCCGCUAAGACAUAAAACAGCCAUACAUUUAACGUGUCCGGGUUUCAGUAAAGAAGACUCUGUAUCACUUUUAAACGGGCUCGGUUUGUUGGCUUGGCUUGUGUGGUUGAUCUGCGAAUGCUGGAGCACACAGGCGCAGGUAACGUUAGUGCACGCGCGCGCGGAUCCUAGACACACGGGACACGGGCUCGGCAUCUACACGCUUACCGUUUACCGGAGGAGGGGAAUGUUAUCGGUACUUUCCUAUGGCAGGAUCGUUGCCAGGGCUGUCCUGGGCGGACUCUCGCAAACGGACGGCAGAGACUACAGCCUGAUCACGGCCAGCUGCGGCUUCGGGAAGGACUUUCGGAAGGGGAUCCUGAAGAAAGGCAUGUGCUACGGCGAUGAUGCCUGCUUCAUUGCCCGGCACAAGUCUGCGGACGUUUUGGGUGUUGCGGAUGGUGUCGGGGGCUGGAGGGAUUACGGUGUUGACCCAUCUCAGUUCUCCGCCACACUGAUGAGGACGUGCGAGCGGCUCGUGAAGGAGGGCCGGUUCACUCCCAGCAGCCCUGUAGGCAUUCUGACCUCCGGCUACUAUGAACUCCUGCAGAACAAAGUACCACUGCUGGGGAGUAGCACAGCUUGUAUAGUCGUUCUGGAUCGUCGGAGUCACAGGAUACACACCUGUAACCUGGGAGACUCGGGCUUCUUGGUGGUUCGGGGUGGAGAGGUGGUCCAUCGGUCAGAUGAGCAGCAGCACUACUUCAACACACCCUUCCAGCUGUCCAUAGCUCCACCGGGGGCUGAGGGAGUGGUGUUGAGCGACAGUCCUGAGGCGGCAGAUAGCGCCUCCUUUGAUGUCCAGUUAGGGGACAUUAUUUUGACUGCUUCUGAUGGCCUCUUUGACAACAUGCCGGACUACAUGAUCCUGCAAGAACUCAAGAAACUAAAGAACACCAACUAUGAUAGUAUCCAGCAGACUGCCCGCAGCAUCGCUGAACAGGCUCAUCAGUUGGCCUACGACCCCAACUACAUGUCCCCUUUCGCCCAGUUUGCCUGUGACAACGGCCUGAAUGUAAGAGGGGGGAAGCCUGAUGACAUCACAGUGCUGCUGUCCAUUGUGGCAGAAUACACAGACUGAGCACGCUCAGUGGAGCUUGCUCCUCUCGUACACCUGUGUCUUCCACCCCGUCCUAUUGCACUGCUCCCCAUCUCACAUCUCCAAUUACCCUUUCCAUUCUUCCAUUUCUCGAGUAGAUCUCCAGUCAACGCAGAGGAGAGCACGAACCUGUGGUUGGGUGUUGAUGCAAGUGGUACUACAUUGCCUAUAAACAGUCCAAAGUUGAUGACCUCACUCCCAAAAGGAUUUUGAGAAUCUUUCACCUGUGUUGUAAAUCUGUGUCAUUUCUAGUACGGGCAAGACGGGCCAUGCAUUACAACAAAAAGGGGUUACUGAUGGAAGGAGCUGUCAUACUUCAAAUGAAAAGUAGAUUUGUUGUUAAAUGGUUGAUUGUCUAUGCCUUGUUGAGAGGAAAUUGUGAGCGUCUCUGAAGUUUAUAUGAAGUGCUUCUACGUGCGUGUACGUGUAUAAUAAGUGUCCCGUUUGGUUGUUGGUCAACUUUGGUUAAGCUGUAAAGGAAAGGUCGGUUAAUGUUCAGAAGGAGGCCUGGCUAGAUUUAAACCUGUUGGGAAAUGCAAGUGCUUAAGUAUGUGCUGACUAGUUCAUGUCUGCUUCUAGAGUUUUACAGCCUUCACUCUCACUGUCACUUUUUGAGGUCUCAGAUAAUGGAUUGCAAGUUCAGGCGGGAAGGAGUUGGGUUAAAAUGGACAUCUUGUGUUUGAUUUAUAAGAGAUAGAAACUAAACUGCACAGACGUCAUACCAGAGAAUGUCACAAUCCGCAAAUAUACAGAUACACUCGCUGACUUUGACUGUGAAUGCGUGUUGGAUGUAUAUUUACAUGACUUCAGCUCUUGAGUUUGAAAGUCUACACGCACAAAUGGCUAGCAUCUGGCAAUGCUUUUCAUGAAUCGAAAGGUCGGGUAUAGAAAUGUUUAUUUUUAUAAAUAUUUAGCUUUUAGUGGACAAGAUUCAACAGAACUUUGGUCUUUAUGGAUCGACUGUAAGGCCUGUUGGCGUUUUCUGUGCUCCCUAGUGAGGCUUGGGUUAUUUUUCUAAUUGAUUGAAGGGUAUCUAACACAUUUUUUGUCGCUCUAGAUUGGUUCUAGAGACUAUUUUCACAUUCAUGUGCUGCUUUCAUUUUUUGUAAGUUAUAAAUGUGUGAGUUACUACAUUUAUUUAUAUGAAUGUUUUUACCUGUACAAUAUAAACUGGGUGAGCUGAUGACGAUUUUAUUUCACAAGUGACAAUUCAAGCUGAUUGAGUGUUGAGAGUGAUUGCCUUGCAGUCUUUCAAUAAAAUGGAACACCGAUUCUUCUGUAUGAAAAGCAAAACACUAUACACAAUGGUUAUAUUUUUGUCCAGUCUAUUGAGAUUGGGAACACAGUACAGGUUUUUAAAAUGGGUCUUCUUUUUAGUUUUAGUUUCUCCAGUUUGCCCAUGCAUGCCCAGGAUGACAAACUAUAGCCAGUGAAUAAAUAUGCUUUGAGCUUUCAUAUUCAAAGUCCUGUACAACUAAACAUGGAACUCAAUGUUUUGUGAGGUUUGCCAUCCUCAUAUGUUCCAUAAAGGCAUGGCUCUAGUUCCCCACCUACAGAUCUAUAAGCCAGUCCUCAGUUGUGCCUCCAACAAAAUUAGACCAGAAGUGUGGGUCGUGGUCGUGUUGAAGUCAAUGUCUCAAAUCCACAUUGUGUAAUCUGUAAAGAAAACCAAAGCAAGAAAGCCAUAAGACCAGCAUGACCAAGGUCUCACCCUUUGAAGACUGCAAACUAACCAUUACAUGUUACAGAGUAUAUGCCGGAAUCACCGUUGUGUCCCAUGUCUGCUUUUCUUUCUAGAUAAAUGAAAUGGAAAUCAACUAAACAGCCAGUAAUGUGCAAUCGUUAAGAUCAAUUAAGUCAUUUUUAUGUUAGUCAAAGGUGAUGUGUGUAAUUGCAGUGCCUCUAGAGGCAGCAAACUGAAUUGCAGCCUGUGUGUUUGACCAGCUCUACCAAUGGCGUGAGUCUAAUGCUUGGCUUUGUUCAUACAGGUAAUAAUUACUUUUGUGUGUCAGGAACGGGGAAAUAAAUAAUUUAAUUCAAUUAUAAAUAAAAUUUUAAAAAAUCUGGUCUAAACA